AUGAACAAUAGCACAUUCAACAGCUGCGGGACAAGAACGUUCGAACGGGGAGGGGGGGACGGGCGGGGGGGUGAUCCAAGUAUUGGAUUUGGCAGGGGGACGAUAAAAACACGUGUGAAGGCGGGAAACUACGUUUUGAAGCAGCGGUGUGACGCCAUCGAGAGCGCGUGGGGGUUGAAGCAGAACGGUAUCUUCGACGAAGGAGAGUGGAUCGCGGAGAUUCAUGGUGAAAUCCAGGACAUUACCAGCCGCACCCGCCUGUCCUUGUCAUCCCAACAAGAUGCCUACAGCGCACGAGGUGCUGCUGCACCUUCUCAGCACCCACCUGCUGCUGCAGCUGGUACCGCGAGGAGGAAGGUGGAGCGAGGGCAGCACGCCAGGGAGAGAGCUGCGAAAGGCACUUUAGGCGGCAAUAUCUGCAACGCGUGCUCGAUUGGCAGCGGACAACCGAUUGAGCGGACUCGUGGUGGAGUGGAAGAGUUCGUAUCCGGUAUCAGCUUCCCGCCUCCGGCCCCGGAGUCCCGCCGAUCCUGCCCUCACUGUCCGAUGACCUUCGUGAACGAGCAAGGCCUUGGGAUCCACGUGAGAACGCAGCACAGCAGUGCACACAUGUCCAACGGCGUGGGGCUGCGGCGCAUGUUACUGAAGGAUGUCGGAGGGAGUGUCCUGCCGUGGGAAGCAGCCGGGCCUGGGCGUUGUUGGCACGUGAAGUUCGAUCGUGCGACGGGGACGGCUUCGCGAUACGACUAUAGGUUCAAAGCCAAUAAUGCUGUCAACCAGCUGCGCAUCCUCGAGGACAACGCCGCGGACCUCUGGAAGGAGGAGGAGCGCACGCCUCUUCCGUACUUAAAGGAUCGUCUCAAGGUUCACUACAGCAACAUCGUGAAGUGGGCCAAGGACGAGAAGGCCAUAGUCGCGGCGGCAGCAGACGACGUGAAGAAGAGCCUCCUCGCCAAGCAGCAGCCUAAGCGGUGGUUUCCUGAGGCAGAAAAGAGGAAGCUGAAGGUAUCGACCCUGUGGCUGACGAUCACGGUCCGGAAGCUCGUGCGAGAGAUGUAUCCCGGGGACCAACGGGCGGCGACGUUCCGCGCAUCCUUCAGGGCGCCCGAUGAGUCGGACGUAUCGGCGAUUACGACGGUCGCAGAGAGGGAGUCCAGAGUUCCCCAAGUAUGGCCAAUUCCAGCUCUGGGAGCGUUGGAAUGUGGAUCAAGUGACUUUGGCAUUCUUGAACGGGCUGCUCGAUACGUGGGAGGAGCGAGGUGCGAAGCGUGUCGCCAUCUCACAGCCCUUUCCUGGCCCAGAGAAAAGGCAGUGCACCAUGCAAGUCAUCUUGGUCCGGGUGAGAAGACCUUGCGAAUUUCGGUGAUUUUCCGAGGCACGGGGAAGCGGAUCUCGCCGGUGGAGAAGGCCGCGUACCACAAGGACGUGGACGUGUUUUUCCAGGAGAAUGCUUGGGCCGACCAAAAGUUCUGUACGGAGUGGGCUAAGAGGUCCUACCGCGAAGGGCUGAUGCGCGGGCGGGGUGAGCUUCCCAAGGCGAGGUCCCUUCUUAUUAUCAUGGACAGCUUGCACGCGCAGACGACGGACGAGUUCAAGGAGUAUCUUGCGAAGGAGUGCAACAAUCUCGCCUGGUAUGGCCCUUCGGAGUGCACGGACGAGCUUCUGAUCGGCGGGUACUUAUUGAUCACUCAGUGGAUCGGAGCGGCCAUGGCAAGACUCAACAGCCAACAGGCGUUCCGAUUCCGCCUUUUCGAAAAGUGCGGGAUGGCCAUGACUGUGGACGGCUCAGGCGACGAUCGGAUCACCUUGGAGGGUUUGGACAAGCCGUACACCUUCGCAAACGAUGAAGACUGUAGUGAGGACGAAGAAGGUUUGGAGAACGGCAGCGAUGAGCCUGAGGGGCGGGGGAAGGAGGGCGAUGGACGCACGUCUCAAACCCAGACCGAUGAGCUAGCUCUUCUCGACGACGACGACAGCAUGGACCCACAAGACCCGGAGGACGAGACACAAGGAAUGGAGAUCCCGACAGGCGUUCGCAUUCAAGAAGUUAAACCCGUUGCUCUUGACAGAUUGCUUUUGCGACGUGGAGUGUUCGUUAGGCUGUGGAUGGGGUGGUUUGGAGGGUUGAUCAUUCAGCAAUCUCAGCAGGACACUCGCCACCAGUACGACUACUCUGUGCAGCUGGAGCUAGACCAGAGUACGCGCAAGAUGAAGCUGCCCUUAGACAAGUAG